AUGCCCGAGUUAAGGAACUUUAUCCAUCAGAAUCACCCAGCUUUACCACAGUCUCUUUGCAAACCUCUUAGUUACAUCAUGCAGUCCUAUCCUUCUGAAGAUAUUCAACCGGUCCCACAAGCAAGAACAACAAACAGAGGACAUCUCCAAUUUGCCGAAGAUAAGGGUGGACUCUGGUCCUCAGGCAAUAGCACUAAUGUCUCCCUCUCUGUUGGCCAGGCCGUAGAAGGAAGCCUCUAUGCAACCAUGACUCGGCACUUUAAAGCCGAGAUCGACACAAGAUACGCAGACAUUGUUUUGAUAGUCUGCGGGUUUGUCAGCGGACUAGUUGACGGGCUGUCAUUUAACGCAUGGGGUAGCUUCUCAAGCAUGCAGACAGGGAAUACCCUCUUCAUCGCCCUCGGUGCUUCCGGCCAGCCUAGAUACCCAGCUUACCUUUGGGCCAAAUCACUCAUAGCCCUAUGCACUUUCAUCUCCAGCAACGUCAUCUUCAUCCAGGUAGCCAGAAGACUGAGCCCUCGCCGUCGUUCAACCAUGAUCCUCUCGUUCGCCACCCAGACCAUCUGCCUCCUCGCUGCUGCCAUCUUGGUUGAGGCCAAAGUGGUCUCCCCGAAGCCAGAAGACCCCCGGGCUCCGAUUCAAUGGAUGCAGAUUCUGCCCAUUACCCUACUGGCCUUUCAGGCAGGUGGACAGAUCUGUGCAUCAAGGAUUCUCGCAUAUGAUGAGAUUCCUACAGUAGUUCUUACCACCUUGUUGUGUGAUCUACUGGUCGACCCGGAUCUGCUGGCAAAGAGGAAUGCAAGGAGGAACAGACGGAUCGGGGCUUUCCUGGCGCUGUUCUUGGGUGCUAUGACUGCAGGUGGAUUGUCCAAGGUUGCUACCAUGGCGAGUAGUUUGUGGUUUGCCUUUGGCUUGAAGUUCACAAUCACCCUUAGUUGGAUCGUUUGGAGAGCCGAGGGAGGGAGUAAAGCUGGAGAUAUUGUUUGA